AUGGAUUGGGAAGGCCUGGUGCUCUCGACGAUUCUCCGCGAGGAGACUCGGCACCGGGAGAACCACUCCCAUCCUGACACUGACACUCCACGUCAGGGUGACGCUGAGAAGGGCGCCAAGCUCUUCCAGACCCGCUGCGCUCAGUGCCACACUGUCGAAGCUGGUGGUGCCAACAAGGUCGGCCCCAACUUGCACGGUCUGUUCGGCCGCAAGACCGGCUCCGUCGAGGGCUUCGCCUACACCGAUGCCAACAAGCAGGCUGAUGUGACCUGGGACGAGAAGACUCUGUACCCCUACCUCGAGAACCCCAAGAAGUACAUCCCUGGUACCAAGAUGGCCUUCGGCGGUCUCAAGAAGGCCAAGGAGCGCAACGACCUCAUCACCUACCUGAAGGAGUCCACUGCUUAA